CGAAAAUUUAACGAACGAAUUGUCUACGACAAUUCUCAAAACAAUGCGCAAUUUCAAGACUCGGAAAAAAUAUAGUGAUUUCUUGAUAUUCAGUUAAUAAGAGGACUUAGAAGAUAUUAUAGAGGAUAAGCCAGUCUCUGUAGAAAUGAGGAGGACCGUGGUUUCACAGGGGCUGGCGUACCAGCAGCCCAUGGACGACAGUGGACAGGAGCAUCACGUGCCCAUGUUGUUGAAUGACGGACGGGAAGUGCCCAAAUUUCUCCCUGAUAAAACAGCAUUCGGGUAUGAUGUGCAUUACCUACAAAAGCUGAAACACGCUUUCAACAGUUCAAACAGCCAUGGAUCAGACAGCUUGAGAGUGAACAUCUCGAAAAAAACAAAGGUCUUUGAUGCCUCCCCAUCUGUCAUUGUAAUCGACAGUGAUGAUGAAGGCGAGAAAUUGCCCACUAAGAUCACUUUUCCGGAGUCUUUCAAGGACAUACAGACCCCGGUCCCAGCUACUCAGAACACAAAAUGGACGCAACCCUCUCAGCCCGCUCCCACAAAGAAGCUGCGAAUGUCAACGAAAGUCGUCUCCGAAGAGGAGGAUCAAGGUUUUCUCAUCAGCCAGCAGAAGAAAACCAAAGAGGAAGAUGUGGGUGCCAUAGUAGUGGAUCCACCUUUUGCUGUUGACACUGGACAGAUGGGGGGCCUGGGGAUCCAGAUGAGGACUGGGGGAAUUGAGGACCUGAACGAGAUUCUGGAGUUGAUGGAAGAGAUUGGGGAGAUAGAGCCAAGCCAAAAAGAGCGCAAGAAAAACUUUGAGACAGGAAAAGUGGUAGAUGGUGAGAAGGAGGCCUUGGUAGAGCUGUUGAACAACGAGAACCAGAUGACAACCGGAGUAACUGGAGUUUUGUGCUCCGGAAUGAAGAGUUCUCACUAUGAUGAAUACAACGAGGGCCACUUCUCGAUCCUGAAACAGCUGGGGACCGGCUCAUACGGCUCGGUUGACCUGUGUAGAGAUAACGCCACCACCAAGGAGUUUGUUCUCAAGAAGGUGCAGAAGGAUUUCAAAGUGGGAGAGGUGGUCGUGUUGCUGUACCUGGAGCAUGAGAACAUCACGACCCUCUACGGAUACAUCAAGAGGGACAGCGUCUCCGAGAUCCUGAUGGAAUACGCAGGGACGAACCUGCUGAACUUUGUCCUGAAGCGACAGACCAUGGAGGAGACGCUGAUCUGGAGCAUGACAACCCAGUGUCUGUCGGCCCUCAAGUACCUGGAUGAACACCAAAUCAAACACCUGGAUCUGAAGCCGGAGAACAUCUGCGUCACCGAUGACCUGAAGAUCAAAAUAACAGACUUCGGUUCCGCCAAGGUUGGUGACCAGGAGCAAGACUACCAGGGCUGGACAUCAGAGUACAUGGCCCCCGAGAUGUGCCGUGCUUUCCUGAAGAGUCGCUACCCCAGCGUCUUCAAGAACGAGACGGAGGACUUUUCUCUGACAGGCAAGGUAGACGUGUUUGCGUUUGGCCUGGUGCUGCAGUUCAUGCUGGAGAAGACGCACACCCAGAUGAAGUUCUACACCAAUGGUGCCUCCUCCUACACUAACGUGGAGGAUGUCAACAAACUGAGGCUCAACAUCAUCAUCGCUAAUGCACGGGACCCAGACAUGGUGUUGAAGCUGAUGCUGACAGACAAAGGAAGUACUGCUAUAAAAGAGCUAUUGAAGGGACUUCUGCAAGGUGUUCCCAAAAAUCGACUAUCCGCAGAACAGGGGCUUCUCAAAAUUGAAGCAAUGAAGAGGAAAAACAUGAUUCCGUGUUUUCCAUUAUCGGAGGCAAGAGUGGAAGCUUCGACCAAAGUGACGUCCUUCUGUCGCCGCAGAUCGCGUCAGCUGAGCACGAUGACAUCUGUGUGCAGCAACACCUCCCAGAUGGAGGAACCAAUGUCCCCGGGGCCCAUGAAAGCCCCCCGCAAGGGAAGAAAGAGAAUGGCUCCCUAUGAGCCAGAGGAGCCGAAACCUGUCAUGGUGGACAACAGCCUUCUGGGAAAUGUGCCUGACUUCUCCAUCCUUCAGGCCUAGUUUUUGUGUUACUCAGAAAGUCUCUUGAAGAUUAAAAGUGUUAAUAAAAAAUUUUGGACUUUGACAUUCUAUAUUUAAUGAAAACCUUGACAUUUUUUGUGGUUUUAUGAGAUGAAACUUUUAAGGGCUUAGUGAUUUAGGAAAUUCUUAAUGAUUAAUUUUUUAUAUAAUGGAAGAAUCAGGAAUGAUAAUAUGACACCAAAAUUUCAACUGUUUUAAUGAUUUUUUAAAGAUAAGGCUUAAAGGGAUUUGUAAAUUUUAUAAGCAUUUGAUUAAGGGAGGGGGGAUGUAAUCAAUUCAGGUGGAAUAUGACUACUCAUUCAUGUUUUACUGAACAACAGUUUUAGAGAAAUCUUCAUGGGUUCUCAGUUUCUCUCUUACAUCCUUUGUAAAUUGAAUUUUUGAAUGGUCAAAAAGAAUUUUUAAUGCAGUUUUGGGCUUCUCUCAUUCUUCAUCAAAUUUUUAAUGAUGGAAAUGUCAUUUCAUAAGUACUUAUGGCUCUGUCAAAUUUAUAUUUAAUAUUUGUAUUUGCUUGUUUCCUACCAAUAACAUUGGAUGGGACUGUAAAUUUUCCCCAAGUCUAUCUUCUAACUGACUGUCCUACUUGAUUUUCUAAACUUUCUUCCUUUGUGCUGCAGAGAUAUGAUUUGAAACUUCAUUGGUAGCUUUUUGGGAGGAAAAUCCGAGUUUCGUAAAAUGGGGUUGAAUCGGUACACAUUUACCCGUUAGAUGGUUUAUAACAACGAGAUUUGAAUCCCCAACUGAGGACAUGUUAUUUACAUGUUCAGGUCUUUCAAUGCUAGCCUAAUGCAUUCAAAUCAUUCUCUCUAAUAUUUGUUCUCACAAAAAGGCUGUUCAAAGUUGAUAGAUCAAUGCUGUAGGCAAACUAACGUUGACUAAAAUUUGACAGCCUUACCGCAAGGCUAAAUCUAAAUGUCCCGAAAAUACUUCACAGCAAAAGUAUGCCACAUAUGUUUCACUACAUAUGUGGCACAUUUUGUUGUGUAAAUGAAUUUUGAAGGGAUUCUGUCUGACAUGAUACAGUAUAUUUGGGGGUUUUUUCGCGUGUCACAAAAUUUUUGAAAAAGGAGAAAAUGUGUACCAGUUUUUAUUUGUGUCAUUUUUUUGCGAUUUAAAAAGUUUCUUAUACCAAACAUUACUGGAUAUAAUUUCUGCGAAUUGAAUAUUUUAAGAUUUAAAAGUAGUUGUGAAAAAAAAUGAAAAUUAGAUCAAUGCGAAAAUUACCAAAUGUACGGCAUGCUUUGUACUUUUGUGUGCUCGCGGCCGGCGCUAAAGGGCAACAAAUGCUACAUUUAUCAGAGUUCAGAGAAUCGCUCAAAUUCACAUGGCUAGUUCACACAUUAUGUGAUUUGUACUCGUAAAUCACGACUGAAUAUUAUUUAAAUUUAUCAAAAUUUGGCAAUACAUAAACAAGUCGUUGAUACAAGGCACUCAUCACACCACUAUACCUCCUCCCCCUCCCCCUCCUCCUCCAGUGAAAAAAUGCUAGUGAUCGAGGUGGGUUGGGUUUGUCUUGGUAUAGUUUUUUUUCCUUAAUGACGCUUACCCAGCUGAAAGUUUUUUAUUUAUUUUUUUUUUUUUAAAUGUGGGAUUUAAAGUGAUCACACAUGUUGGUUUUUUUUAAAUUCAUUGAUCUUGUUGAAUUAGCAGUAUUUAGCAUGCAGUGUAAUUAAUUUUUUUUCACAUUUUGAUUAUUUGUGUACAAUACUUUAUGAUAUCAUAUACCACUGUAAUGCCUAUAUUUUUCCCUUUUGCAUUGGAUAACAAACUUGUUUUGUUUAUAAGACGUUUUUAUUACUUUUGGUUACCGUACUUUUCUAUAUCCAAGAUUGACAAAAGUUUACUGUUUUUGGCCUUUAUUUUCUUCCUUUUAUUCCAACUAGAACAUUCCUUUCAAGAAGUUUAAAACUUAAAGGUAUCAAAGUUAAGGUCAAAUUUGCAUACUGGUUGAACUAAAACAUGUUGCUUUUUCUGUAUUUUGGAUUAUUUGGUGCAAUUAUUUUUCAACUUUGUGGAUGAUAAAAGUGGUUUUUUUUUUCUAUUUUGUUGUUAAAAACACAUUUAUACACAUAUGAAUACAGUAAAACUCGUUUAUAGCGAAGUCUUCGGGACCAAUGGCUUUACUUCGUUAUAUCUGUAAUUCGUUAUAUCCGUAUAACGAAUUCGUAAUAAUAACCAUAGCGAAUUCAUUAUAUACGUUUUCUUUUACUAGACUAUAAUUUUUGUUAAUUGGGUCUUAAAAUAAAAAUACAUUACUUUGAUACCUUUAAUAAUGAGUGAAUUGAAAAAUAUUUAUGAAAAAGAAUUCAUUCAAACUAUUAUGUUAGAUGGUAGAGCAAACUUUAUCAACUGUAAAGAAAUUCGUUAUAAAGGUGUUAAAUUUCGUUAUUAAUCACCUCUACGGGAUUCAAAAAGAGUUUGCUAUAUCCAUAAAUUCGUUAUAUCCGAAUUUGUUAUAUCUGUAAAAUUUUGCUAAGAUUUGUUAAUUUUUUUUCCAGGGACUAAAAAAAACUUCGCUUUAUCCAAGAAUUCGCUAUAUCCGUGUUCGUACGAAACGAGUUUUACUGUACUGACCUUGCACUGUUUAAGGUGAUAUGGGACAUUUGUCAAUAUUAAUGUGGAUUAAAGUACAUUAUAAAUAAGGUACUUUCACCGGUUUAGAAUUUUUAUAUUUCACAAUAUUUGACCAAAAAAUAUGUAUUGAAAUUCUCUGGAAAGGUAAAAUUUUAAAAUCACCAGAGGAUUUGAACUCAUGACCAACAGAUUCCUAGAGAAACCUCUAACCCACUACACAAUGCUGUUCGGUGACAAUUUUGGGAAAGAAACACUAUUUAUAAAAUUACACUUGAUUUUAUUGUUCAUUUCGAUAAAUAGUAAGUCACAACAUGGAAGUGUCCCAUACCAUCUUAAUUAACUUAGCUUAAAUCACUUGAAAUUGGAAUUUCAUGAAUAAAUUAUUAUAUAAUAUUAAA